GUUGAUUAAUGUUUAAUGUUCUCCAAGGCUAGUAAAAAGGCCUCCAACAAGAGACAGAGGGGAGCGCAGAAGUCCUCCUCCAAUGUAUUUUCCAUGUUUGAGCAGUCACAGAUUCAAGAGUUCAAGGAGGCAUUUGGCUGUAUUGACCAGGACAGAGAUGGUGUCAUCAAAAAGCAGGACUUGAGGGAGACCUACGCUCAGCUGGGAAAACUGAAUGUAAACGAUGAGGAGCUGGAUGAGAUGCUAAAUGAAGGGAAGGGUCCCAUCAACUUUACUGUGUUCCUAAGUCUCUUUGGAGAGAAAAUCAAUGGUACUGAUCCUGAAGAUACCAUACUUGCAGCUUUCAAGCUUUUUGACCCAAAUGGGACGGGUUUUGUUAAUAAAGACGAAUUUAAAAGACUACUGAUGACCCAGGCAGAAAAAUUCACAGCAGAGGAGGUGGAUCAGGCCCUCGCUCUCGCACCCAUUGACCCCACUGGAAAUAUUGAUUACAAGUCACUCUGCUACAUUAUCACACAUGGAGAUGAGAAGGAGGAAUCCUAAUAUUAUUUGGAUGUUCAAAUCAAUAAAAAGGUCAACCAAGCUGUGUCAGCAUAUGUCUGAUAGGUUAUAUAUGACCUGUGAAUAAAACAUAAAACAUCUGUAAA